AUGUUUCUCAGAACUCCUCAUGUUUUGGCAUUCGCUAAAAAAUAUUACGGAUGUGAAUAUUUACCUGGUAUGCCUCUUGAAGAUUAAGGAGGAAACGGAUCUGCAGGAUCUCAUUGGGAAUAAACAGCCAUCGCCGACGAAUACAUGAAUGCAAGUAGCUCACUUACUUAGGCCUAUUUUAGUGGUUUUACAACCAAUCUUUUAAGAGACACAGGUUUCUAUGCUGAAGUAAACGCCUCUAUGGAGGAAAAAACAACUUAUGGAUAAGGAAAAGGUUGUUAAUUCAUCACUGGUAAAUGCGACUAAAGUAUAAGAGAAUUUUGUAGACCUGUAAAAGACGAAGGAUUAUGUGACUAUUAUCACCAUGGAUCUUCUAACUGUAAUAUUGGUGCGUAUAAUGACCCUGAUUGUAAUACUUCUAAUGUGUUUUCUAAUUCAAUAUGCUGGGAUACUAAUAGUGAUUUUAAUACAAAAUAAAAUUAGCUUGUAUAUGGAGUUAAAUUUGGGAUUAAUUCAAAAUGUUUUAACGGGACUUUAUUAAAUACAAAUUAUUAACCAGAUGAUAAAUUGUAGGGUAAUUGCUAUUAAUAUUAAUGUAAUAAUAGUUUAUAAUAAUUAAUUAUUGAAGUAGGAAAAAACAAGGUUGUUUGUACUUAAAACUUAGCCUAAAUGAAAGUUAGUGGAUUUAAUGGAUAUAUUUAAUGUCCGGAAAAUAUAAACGAGUUUUGUGGGUUUAAAAAAUUCUGUCCAAAUUUCUGUAGUGCAAAUGGAUUUUGCUUAAAAGGAUAGUGCUAU